AUGAAUUGCUGGAUAAUAAUACCGUUGCUCUUGUCGAUAUUCCAGGUGACACUGGCAAUCAAUUUGGGCUAUUCGCCAACAUAUUACACAGAGGGACAGAAAGUAGAGCUCUUGGUGAACAAGGUGGAGUCUGAUCACACCCAAUUACCAUAUGGAUACUACGAUCUCCCGUUUGUUUGCCCCGCAGGGAGUGAUGCAAAGCCAUUGGCGCUUUCUUUGGGUCAGAUUCUCCGCGGAGACCGGAUAUGGCAGUCAAACUAUGACUUGCGAUUUGGAAUUGAUGUUCCAUGUAUUCGACUCUGUGAUUUGAUUUCUCGAGAUAAAGGGUUAGGUAAGGCCGAUAAAUUGAUUCGUGAUGGAUAUGUUGCUCAUUGGCUUGUGGAUGGGCUUCCUGGCGCCACCACUUUUGUUCUGGGGAAUAAUGAAAAUAAAUACUAUGCAGCUGGAUUCCCCUUGGGAUUUGUUAAGGAUGAUAUUUCCUAUAUUUAUAACCAUGUGAUGUUGGUGAUUAGAUACCAUCGUGACAAGAAAAACCGUAACAAGAAUACAAUUGUUGGGUUUGAAGUAUACCCAAAGAGUGUAAGUAAUGAGUUAUGUCCUGGGAACUCGAAAAAUUAUGAAAAUUUUGCCAUUACUUUUGAAUCAAAGGCAGAAACUGCUGCUGCUUUGAAAAAAGACCCUAAAUAUUACCGGAAAACAAUUAUUCCAUACACUUACGCUGUCUAUUGGCGUGAAGAUAAUUCUAUUGAUUACGACUCAAGAUGGGAUUUGUACUAUGAAAAUGAAUCCGGUAAAAAUAGUCAAAUUCAUUGGCUUUCUGUCAUCAAUUCCGUUGUACUCAUGUUUUUACUUUCCAUGGCGGUUGCCAUUGUAUUGGUGAAAAUCUUCAAAAAGGACUUACAACAACCAAUGUCUCCAACCCUCCCAUUGACGGACAGAUCUCUUGGCGACAAUGGUAGUGGUGGUAGUGGCUGGAGAUCUCUUAUUGGAGAUGUACAUCAACAACCCUCGUUAGCCGUCAUUCUCUCAGUGUUUGUCUCCUCAGGAGUACAAGUUCUUAUCGUUAUGAUCGGCGUGGUUACUAUAUUCACUUUGAAUUCUCAAUUUAGUUUGAAUUCUAAGCCUUCCAAUAUGUUUUUUAAUAGUCAUCAGGGAGCAUUCUUCUCACUUUCAUUAUCAUUUUUCGUAUUUUCAGGAGUGAUUCCAUCGUAUAUUGGGAUUAUCCUUCAUAAAUACUUCCAUAAUGAAAGUUUAACCCGUGAAUAUCCACCGGGGAAAUAUGUCAAGUUGUCAGUGUUAUUCAGUGGGUUCUUACCAACAGUUGUAUUGACAAUUGUACUUACCAUCAAUUUCUUUGUAUGGGCCAAAUCUUCUUCUUACGCACUCCCAUUUGGAACCAUUGUUGUAUUAUUAUUAUUUUUCUUUGGACUUCAACUCCCAUUAGGAGUUAUAGGUGGAUACUAUGGGAAUGCCAAAAGAUUUGACAGUAAAAAUUCUUUACUUGGUAAUAAUGAAAAGGAAACUAAUGAUUCAAAAUCAGUUUUCUCCCCUAAAAUUUAUAAGAGACCACUUUUAUUCCUGCCACUUUUUGGUACCAUCGUUUUAGGAUUGAUCCCAUUUGGAAUAAUUUUCGUUGAACUUCAUUUCAUUUUCAAUUCAGUUUGGUUGGAAAAGACCACCUUCUACUACAUGUACGGAUUUUUACUCGUGGCUGCUAUCAGUCUUGUUGUGGUUAUUAUCGAGACAACCAUCGUUGUGUUAUAUGUGUCAUUUACUGUAUACCAUAACCCUCGAUGGCAAUGGCUUUGUUUCAGAGUUGGUGCCAGUAUUGGGUGGUAUAUUUUUGCUUAUUCCACCUAUUACUUUUUCUUUGCCCUUCAUGUGCGUGACUUUGUAAGUAUUUUGCUUUAUUUUGCAUACAUGACUUUGGUCAGUGGAUUGAUUGGUAUUGCUUGUGGUUCAGUUGGGGUUAUUACAGGAUUGAUAUUCGUGGGCAAGAUUUUUGGAACGGUAAAAAUUGAUUAA